CGGGAGGCAAGGGUUCGGCGCUGUCUAUCCCUGUCCGAAGAAGCCCCCGACCCAGCCCACAUCACCACCCAGACCAUGUUCCCGCCGCGGGAGUCGAGCCCUGGCAUAGCCCUGGCAGCCCGGGACAGCCAGAGGGCGGGAACGGGGAGGACUUAGCGAGGCCGGCGGUCCCCGCUCCUUAGCCCGGUGCUCCCCAUCGGAGCAUACCACUGCUUGCAUCACUGGCAUCCCCACAACGAGCCACAGGGCCUGAUUGUCAAAAUGCUGAUCAAGGAAUAUCACAUUCUGCUGCCCAUGAGCCUGGCAGAGUACCAGGUGGCCCAACUCUACAUGAUCCAGAAAAAGAGCCGAGAAGAAUCAAGCGGAGAGGGCAGUGGAGUUGAGAUCCUGGCCAACCGGCCCUACAGUGAUGGCCCUGGAGGCAGUGGUCAAUACACACAUAAGAUCUACCAUGUGGGCUCUCACAUCCCUAGCUGGUUCCGUGCCCUCCUGCCCAAAGCAGCUCUGCAGGUAGAGGAAGAAUCCUGGAAUGCCUAUCCUUACACACGCACCAGAUACACCUGCCCUUUUGUGGAGAAAUUUUCUAUUGAGAUUGAGACCUAUUACCGACCAGAUGUUGGGAAACAGAACAAUGUCUUCAAUCUUAGUGCUGUAGAGCGCAGGCAAAGGAUUCUGGAUACCAUUGACAUUGUGCGGGACCCCAUCUCACCCAGUGAAUACAAGGUGGAAGAGGACCCACGGCUUUAUCGCUCGGCCAAGACAGGACGUGGGCCUCUGGGAGAUGACUGGUUAGAGAACAUAUCUGAUGGGCCUCUCAUGUGUGCUUACAAGCUUUGUAAGGUGGAGUUCCGCUACUGGGGCAUGCAGUCCAAGAUUGAACAGUUUAUCCAUGAUGUAGGUCUGCGGAAGGUGAUGCUGCGAGCACACCGGCAGGCCUGGUGUUGGCAGGAUGAAUGGAUAGACCUCACUAUGGAUGAUAUCCGGAGGCUGGAGGAAGAGACAGCACUCAUGUUGGCCCAGAAGAUGGCCAAGUGCAUGGAGCCUGCCACGGACACGGCCUCCCCCAGCCCCGAGGGCCAGGCUGAGCCGGGCGACCAAGAGAAGCAGGAGAGCACAACAAGCCUGAGAACUCCUGAGAUGUCACGAGAUGAAGCAUUUGCCAAGCAGUGGUCAGCAACUUCUCGCUCUUCCUACUCUUCUCAGCAUGCAGCUGGAGUGUCUCCCCACAGCUUAUCGGAGUGGCGAAUGCAAAAUAUUGCACGGGACUCUGAGAACAGCUCUGAGGAGGAAUUUUUUGAUGCUCAUGAGGAUCUCUCUGACAGUGACGAUGUUUUUGCAAAAGAAAUUACUAAGUGGAACUCCAAUGAUUUUCUCGAUACUCUAGAACGGCCCAGUGAGCAUGAUGUUCUUGCUGAUGCCACUGGUGCAGCCAAGCCAGAUAGUGAUGAAAUCACUAUGCCAGGCCAACCAGAGGCUGGUCCAGAAGAUCUCUCUAGGGCAUGCCGUAUCCAUGCACUCUUCCUGAUCCUGCACAGUGGCAACAUCCUAGAUCAAGGUGUGGGAGAACCAGGCUCUAAGCAGGCUGACGUGCAGACGCUCACCGCCACCUUGGACUCAGUCACCCGCCUGCAUUUCCCUGAGGCAUUAGGGCACAUUGCACUACGCCUGGUGCCCUGUCCACCUAUCUGUGCUGCUGCCUAUGCCCUUGUCUCCAAACUCAGCCCUUACAGUCACGAUGGCGACAGUCUAUCCAGCAGCCAGGAUCAUAUACCGCUGGCUGCUUUGCCACUCCUGGCCACCUCUUCAGGCAGCUACCAGAAUGCUGUCGCAACAGUUAUUUCCCGUACCAACCAGGCCUAUGCUAACUUCAUCCACUCUCCUGAUGGCACUGGCUUCUGUGGCCAGGUGCUGCUGAUUGGUGAUUGUGUUGGGGGAAUCCUGGCCUUUGAUGCACUGUGCCACAGUAGAGCUGGAGGGGCAGGGAGCCGUGGGAGCAGCCGCCGCGGCAGCAUGAAUGCUGACCUGCUUUCUCCUGAGGUUUCUGUGGUGCGAGAUCCAUUGCUUGAGAAGGCAGAAGUGUUGUGGGGCCGUGCCAGCCCUGAGCCAUCUGGGCUCCUUUCUACCCAGAAAUGCAAUGACAACAACAUGGCACCGGAGGUGGAUUCUCUGCAACAGCAGCAUCAGUUCUUGUCCAGCCUGCAGGCUAGCAUGCCUGCUUCAGAGGCAGAAGGAGACCCUCGGCGUAGCAGUAAUUCCUCGUCCUCAAUGACAGAGACUUUUGAGGGGACAAACACAGUUGGAAAACUGGAAUUCAAGGUGUCUGGUUUCUUCUUGUUUGGCUCACCCUUGGGACUUGUGCUUGCACUGCGUAAGACAGUGAUGCCAGCCAUGGAUGUGGCCCAGAUGCAUCCAGCCUGUGAACAGGUCUACAACUUGUUUCAUGCAGCUGAUCCCUGUGCCUCCCGUCUGGAACCUCUCCUGGCCCAACAGUUUCAUGCUAUGCCGCCCUUUGCCAUUCCCCGCUAUCAGAAAUACCCGUUGGGAGAUGGCUCAUCCACUUCAUUGGCUGAGUCUGUACAAGCUCACUCUGCCCUCUUCUUGGAUGAUCUGGAGCUUGUGACACCGCCUACCCCAACCGGUGCUUUUGGUGGCUUCUGGAAAGGGAAUGAACCAUCUUCCAGCGAAGUCCCUGUAGCUAGCACCAGUGAAGUUGUCAAAAUUCUGGAGCGUUGGUGGGGUGCUAAACGCAUUGACUACUCCCUCUAUUGCCCAGAGGCACUGACAGCCUUUCCCACCAUUACCCUACCUCACCUCUUCCAUGCCAGCUACUGGGAAAGUGCUGAUGUAGCUGCCUUCAUCCUGCGCCAGGUUAUUGAGACAGAGCAGCCCCAAGUGACAGAGAAUGAGGAGAGUUCCAUUUACAGCCCAGCAUUUCCUCGUGAAAAAUGGCAGCGCAAGCGCACACAAGUAAAAAUCCGGAAUGUCACAGCGAACCACCGGGCCAGUGAUGUCAUGGUGUGUGAGGGACAUCCCCAGGUCCUCAGUGGACGCUUCAUGUAUGGGCCACUGGAUGUGGUGACUUUAACUGGGGAGAAGGUGGAUAUUUACAUCAUGGCACAGCCACUCUCGGGAAAAUGGAUGCACUAUGGCACGGAGGUGACAAGUGGCAGUGGGAGACUCUCUUAUACCCUUCCUGAGGAAAAGAUGCUGGGCAUUGGCAUGUACCCUGUCCGUAUGGUAGUCAGGGGUGAUCACACCUAUGCUGAAUGCUUUCUGACUGUGGUAGCCAAAUCCACUCCUUGUGUAGUCUUCAGUAUUGAUGGCUCCUUCACAGCUAGUGUCUCCAUUAUGGGCAGUGAUCCUAAGGUGCGCGCUGGUGCUGUUGACGUUGUGAGGCACUGGCAGGACUCUGGUUACAUGAUCAUCUAUGUAACUGGACGCCCAGACAUGCAGAAGCAUCGUGUGGUGGCAUGGCUUACGCAGCAUAACUUCCCUCAUGGCAUUGUCUCUUUCUGUGAUGGCCUCACCCAUGACCCUCUGCGCCAGAAAGCUGUUUUUCUACAAGGCCUGCAGCAGGAGGCAGAGGUUAACAUCAUGGCUGGUUAUGGAUCCACCAAGGAUAUCUCUGUCUACAACUCCUUAGGACUCCCUCCAGCUCAAAUUUACAUUGUGGGCAGGGCUGUGAAAAAACUGCAAAGCCAGUGCCAGUUCCUAUCAGAUGGCUACGUUGCACACCUUGCUCAGCUGGAAGCGGCAUCUCUCGCUCACUCGCCCAAGGGAACAACAAGACCCACAUUGGGCAAAGGCAGUUAUGGAUGUCCUGCUCCUGUCGACUUCCUGCGCAAGCAGAGCCAACUGUUGCGCUCACGAGGGCAGAGCCAGGCAGAGGGCUCAGGGAAUGCUCAGCCCCGAAACAAGACCCGCAGUGUCAGCCUCAAGCUGGAUAGUGAGGAGUAAGCCUCUGUGGGGAAAGGCCCUGCAUUGUCUCAGUUACAGCAGCUGGUGCCAGGACUGGGUCUGUGAAAGGAAGGAACCAGGAACACCAGACACAGAGAAAGAGGAUGAAAGAAACCCCUCUGCCUAGCAGAGGCUGCAAGUUGGCAAACAGUGCCAUUUGGACUUGGAGAAACUUCUACAUAACCCUAGAGGUUCCUUUUGUCAUAAGUCCAACUUCCUGCUGUUCUGUUUGUGGUCCCCUUUGACCCACAGCUCAGCCAACAUCCCUCAAUCACUUCAGGAGACCCUGACUUAAACUGUGUUACUUUGAUUGUGAAUUGACUGUUUGCAGUCUCCCCUUUUCUGGUUUUUAAGGGCUGGGGUGUGUGUAUAUUUCAAUCUCCCAAUCUGAUGCUAGGUGAGGCAGUAGCGUGUCCUGCCCCUACCCCCCUGUCUUCCAGGUCUUCCUAUUUCUGUCUGUGGUUUAAGCAGGGGUGGGUGGUUAUUGAAACACAACCUGCAGGGGGUUUGUCCCUUCUCUGGCCUCCAACCCGUGGUCCAAUCCUCAGCCAAGUCCUGCCUGUGCCCCACCCCGGUCUUUGGAUGUCUGCAUGAUACCACCCUCCUAUGCAUAUAUUGUGUCUGAUGUGAGAGCACAGGUUAUUCAGGACCAAGGAGGAAUCUCUACUCUCUUUGGACAUGGAAGAAACUCAGCAGAGGGCUUAAUAUUUAUUUAAUUCGGUCAAAACUGCUGAGAGGUUGGGGAGUAGAAUCCUCUUUUGAAGGAUUUGCAAGGAUUUUACAUUAUCUUCAAAUGUAUUAUAAAACCUGGGUGGGUGGGGGAAAUGAAAUGGUUUUAAGUAGUGAAUAUAUGUGUCUCAGAGCACCAGUUAAGAAGUGGAUGAGUCUUCUCAUUCUAGAACCCAUUGUAGAUGCUAACAUUGGCUGCACAUUUCUAUAAAAGGUAUAAAGCUGCACUUCUUAGCAGUGGGUUUGACAGGGAUCCUCUAGAUGGUCUCCAAGCUGCAGAAAGGAGCAUAGACUGGAAUUAGUCAGGAGGUGCUGGGUCAAGGUAUUUUGCUGCCCCCCUAUCAGCUGCACCCUCCCCACUACUGUCUGGGAGCAGCAAUGCCAGUACCUCCAGGGCUUGGCUCAAACCUGGCUGAGGUUGGAUGGUGUUGGUCUGGGAGGUGGUGAUGACAUCUGGCAUCCCAGCCAGAGGGGAAAGCAGCAGCAGAUAUAGGAGAAGUAUGGUGCAGGCUGGGUGAAGCAGCAAUGUGCAGGGAAAAGUAGUUCUGGGCCCAAGGAAGGCUGAGGAAAGCGGUAGUAGCAGGCAGAGCCAGACAAGAGGGAGGUAAAUUGACUUGGGAAGCAGAGGCAAAGAACAUAGCAGAGGGGUAAGGAAGAAUGAGAAACACAAUCUAGUUACUUAUUUCUAGAAACCUAGUGGUGGUCUUUGAAUCCAGUGAACUGGGUAAGUGAUCCCUGUUAGCCCAAGUUUCAGAAAUCGAACCUAAAAAUGAUUUUUUAAAAAAACAAACAAACAGAAGGGGUACAAACAUGCAGCAGCAAAAAAGCGUGUAUGCACACCACACACCCUGUUUUCAUGGUUGCAGUGAUACAACUAAAGUUAACAACAAUGUCGGUGCUGUGUCUAUAAUUGUACUAUAGACUGGUUUAAGAGCCACUGUUCUACAAUGUCAAAGUGACUUGCAUGGUGUUAUACAAGUUCUUCACAUCUGCCACUUUGAAAGUGGCCCUUGGUGUUGAAUCCAGUUGUGUAUUCACAGCCCAUGUGUUUUGCUACAAGCCACUACUGAAGUAAUAUUUUGUUUUUUAUUCAUAAACUUUGUAUUCAUUACAAAAUAUAACAGAGUUCUGUCUACAGAAAAAUAAGGUAGCAAGAUAAGAAGAGAGAGCCUUAUACUUGAAAAUAACAUGGCCACCCUCCAUCUUGGAUUUUUCAUUCCAGAUCAUGAUGAACACCUCUAUAAAAGUAUCUAAAAUGCUCAUUAAUGUUACAGCGCACUUUGAUAGUUUCUGUGAUCUUGCUGUAUGAAACUCAGUGAGGUUGAGGCACUCGGAUAUACUGCAGAGCCUAGAGCCAACAGUUGUGCUCUAAACAAAAUCAUUGUUUGGUCUGCAGGCAGCAGAGUUAUGGAUCUGACCCCAUUAGCAGUAGCCUGUGCACAGCAUGCUCUUCAUUCAGAAAGGAUGUACUUUUCUCAGUGGCAAAGCAAUCUGUUAGCUACUGUGAGCUGUAUACCCCACCUAACAGACUACAAAGUUCACACUUCACCCUGGUUUACACUGUCCCCAUCUCUAAGCAGACGUGGAUGGCAGAGGGCAAAUACAAGAAUCCUGUCAUGUUCCAGCAAUAACAGAAACAAUUGUCAGUUGCCAAGGAAAAUAAAAAGGAAUGAGAUCUAGUUUUCAAAAAGGAGAAUCAAAGAAGAUUGCUGCAUAAUGAAAAAAUCCAUGCCCAGCCUGCAGUGCUCCUGCCUCUACUGAAACAUCACUGACAAGACCAGAGUAGGGCUUCAGUGGUCUGUUCAGUGAGCAGCAUGGUGGUUAGUAUAUAAUGGCUGGAGUCUGUGGCCCAUGUAAGCUCAUGGAAUUAAGUGUUACUGCACAAAUCCACAGCUUUUUGAGGAGCACAGACAGGCUACGGGAAAAGGACAGCAGUCAAUCUGUUGCAGAGCUUUGGAUUAUUAUUUGUUUAAUAUAAUCAGGUGCU